UUCAUGGCUGGCCAGCUGACUGGAAAGUAGGGAGACUUCACUGCCUCUUUGGCCAAUUUCACUCACUUUUCUGAGCUCUGCAGUCGCAAAAAGCAAAAGAGUGAUCCAGUAUUCAGUCCACCACUUCCAAAUAAAGCCAAGAGUGGUGAAUUCAGUGCAGAAAGACAAGUUCGCCUACGUGAAAGUCGCUCUCUUUUUUCCCUGUGUUCUGUGAUUCACCGCUGGAAAGACAAUGGCCAAAGUCAUCAGCCAGGAGACCUUCGAUGACACUGUGAAGGAGAAUGUCCUGGAGUUCGAGAUGUCCGUGGAAGAGGCCAAAGAAGAGACCAUCAAGCAAUUUCAGGCACAGGGCGUGAAUCUGGCGAACAUCAUAGUUGAUCUGAAGGUGAACAGCGAGACAGGACGGCCAAUAGUGCUGGAGAGAAUUGAGGAACUCAAGGAGAUUGAACAACUGACUGAGGAAAACAGGAAAGACUUCUUGGAGAAGGUGCAAGUGAUCUCAGAGGAGUGCUCAAAGACUCUUCCUCAUCGUGUCCUGGCGGCGAAAAAUGGCGCAAAUGAUGCUCUCUUGAACGCCCUGAAGAAAGUUUUGGACUCUGAACCUCGCGAUAAGGAAGUCCUAUACAGAAUCCUUGAAAAUCUCGGAAUUCUCUCAGAAAAGCAACCUGACAUCUUCACUCAUGAUUGCCUACAUGCAGCCAUUCGGCUUUUGCAAACGGAAACUGAUGAAUCCUGUGUCCGGGAGUGCCUCCGAUGGCUUCAGAAGGUGUGCAUCCUUCACGAGAUGAAUCGUCAGAUGAUCAUAGAGGAGGGCGCCGUGAAGACUUUGAAGAAUUUCCUGGCGACGCGAUCUCCAGUGCUUGUCAGGGAAUUGUGCAGUCUCUUUCGGAACCUAGUUCUGGAUGAUGACAUCCGGGUGGAAUUUGGGAAGGCUCAUGAGCAUGCUAGGACCAUUGCUGAGUCCUGCCUGGCCGAUCUUACGAAACUGCUCUAUGACUUCAAAGGCGACAGAGACGUGGUGAGUGAUCUUCUGCUGACCAUUGCCACUCUCACGGUGAGAAAUGAGUAUUGUCUGCUCGUUGAGGACGCCGGAGGACUCAAGUUCACUCUGAGCGCAAUGGGAGAGCAUUCUGAGAGUCUGAAACUUCUCCGCGAAGGCUUGAAGUUGCUCAAAGCUCUAGCCGGGAAUGAUGCUGUGAAAGUGAAGAUUAUUCAACAGGGCGCAGCUCCAUUAAUCACCAGUCUCUUGAGCACUCAUCAGGCUAAUGAAUCCCUCGUGCGUUACGCUUUGGCUGCCAUCGCUAUGCUCACGCUGCGCGUGAAAGAGAACAGCCAGGCUUUCUUCGACGCUGGCGCUGCUGAAGUGAUUGUGGGCUGCAUGAAAGUGCACGAGAAGAGCAAAUUCGUGCAGAGAUCCGGCGCCCAUUCCAUCCGAAAUAUGGUGUCCCGUUCGCGGGAUCAGUGCAACGCCUUCAUCUCUCAAGGAGCUGAGGACGUACUCAAUCUCGCCCUAAAAGAGCAUCCCAGUAUCACGUAUGACGUAAAAUCGGCGCUCAGGGAUUUGGGAGUGACUGUGCAGCUGAACGAAGAGUGGACAGGCACGGCCGAAAAGAACAUCACCAAGUGAAAUGGCCAGCACAAUCUUAAGUAUUUGCACAUCAUUUUUCACAAGCUAACUUAUCCUCGCAUCAGUGACAACCUUUUUUACAGAUCUAAUAAAUGUUUAGAGAGGAAUUAAUCCUUUCUAUUUUCUACUUAAAGUAUUCUGAUUGUUUGCCCAGAUUCAGGAUGUUUCAGACAAUAUUUGAUAAUGAUGAUCACUCGCUGUUCUAAAGAAAUGUAUAGUGAAAUUUUCCUUUCAGUUUCUUGAAUAUUUCCUGUGGUUUUUAAAACCUCUCUUCGUCAA